CGCUUCCCCUUUGAAGUAUAAAAAUGAUACUGCAGCCAGGCGAUUGAGCCUAUCCAUCUUUCUGCCACUCAUUGCCCGCCCUUAGCAUCGACAUGGGUUCCUACGUGCAAGCAGGGGUGGGUCAAGUCCCGGUGUACCAAUCGGGCACCGAGGUGCUGCAGCAGCUGCAAGAGAAAUGGAAGUCGACGUCGCCGGCGCCGUGCACGGCCAUGUACUCGAGCGUGUUCGGCGGCAUCAUCCUCGACCCCGCCAUGAUGCUCGUCCCCAUCGACGACCACAUGGUCCACCGCGGCCACGGCGUGUUCGACACCGCCAUGAUCCUCGACGGCUGCCUCUACGAGCUGGACCCGCACCUGGACCGCUUCCUCCGCUCCGCCGCCAAGGCCAGGAUCGGCUCGCCCUUCCCGCGCGACAAGCUGCGUAGCAUCCUGAUCCAGAUGACGGCGGCGUCCAACUGCCGGAGGGGCUCCAUCCGGUACUGGCUGAGCGCCGGGCCGGGAGACUUCCUGCUCUCCUCCAAGGGGUGCCCCGGGCCGGCGUUCUACGGCGUGGUGAUCCCGACCGAGUACGAGCAGUGCCGCGAGGGGGUGCGCGCCGUGACGACGUCGGUGCCCAUGAAGCCGCCGCUGUUCGCGACGAUGAAGAACGUCAACUACCUGCCCAACGUGCUGUCCAUCAUGGACGCCGAGGACCGCGGCGCGUUCGCUUCCGUGUGGGUGGACGAGCAGGGGUACGUGGCCGAGGGACCCAUGGUGAACGUGGCGUUCGUGACGGCGGAACGCGAGCUGGUGCUCCCCGCGUUCGACAAGAUCCUCAGCGGGUGCACCGCCAAGCGGCUGCUGGCGCUGGCGCCGAAGCUGGUGGAGGCCGGGCUGCUGACGGGCGUCGGCACCAGGCACAUGACGGCCGAGGAGGCGAAGCGCAGCGUGGAGAUGGCCUUCGUCGGCAGCGGCCUGCCCGUGCUGCCCAUCGUGGAGUGGGACGGGCAGGCCAUCGGAGACGGGAAGGUGGGGCAGCUGAUGCUGGCGCUGUCGGAUCUGCUGUGGGAGGACAUGAAGUCCGGCCCGGACAGGAUCACCGUUCCGUACCAGUAAUCGAGGACCUGAAUUGAUUGAUGCCAGACAGAGGCCAUCGUCUUUCAUCUUUCUGGUGGUGAUUCUUGUGUCAGAAAGACAGGGAGAGAGGUGACUCCGAUCCACUGAAAUAAGUCGGCAAGUCUUGAUUUUUAGUUGUUGCGUGUGGUGUGAUCGAUGCAUGAAUAAGCAAGUGUCUUGGUGCACUUGCCUCAGUGGAUGAAUAAGCAAGUGUCGUGGUUCACUUGCCUCAGUGGAUGAAUAAUAAAUAGUAAUUAUCUACUUGGUGUA